AAAGAAAUGAGUUGUUCUUGAAUUUUAUCAGAAUCAAUUGUGACUUCAAUUUAGUAACUAAUUAUUGACUGAAUCAAGUAAAAUGUUGUUCUUCUCUGCAAUCCUUCUUUCACUUGUUCAAUUCGCCUUCCUUGCUUACGACCCAAAUGAUCCAUGCUUUUACGGUGUAACUUAUUGUCUUAACCGUGAUGGCACAACCAAGUGUACUGCUACUGAUGUGGUUAAAGCUACAUUCAGAGCUGGUCACGAUGAUGGAGCAGAACAUUUAAGUGUUUCUCUUUCAGCCUAUCGCACGAAAGGAGAAGGUGGUUACGUGUCAGUUGGCUUCAAUGUUGGAGGUAAACCUUACACUCUUUACUGUUUAUCUGAUGGUCCUGAAACGCAUAUAUCAGCUGCCGAUGACCCUUGGGCUUAUGACGACUAUUCCUGUAGCUGGCAGCUAGAUGUGACUGUAAAUAGUAACCAAGUUGCUCCAGUUACCAACAAGUCAAUCAGCAUUGAUUUGGUCACUAUUGAUGAUAAUGUUCCGAUUACUCUUGCCUUUAAUGGCAUCAAGUCUGUUGUUGCGCCAAACCUCAAAGAAUUACUCAUUCAUCAACUGUCUCACCUUGAAUGUUAUGCACAUAAUAGAAUGUCUUUCACUGAUAAUGAUAAGAGGAAUAGAGUCAUGAUGGUGAAAAAGGAAUUUAACAAAGAAAUGGAAACAUUCAUUUAUGGUUUGGUUCCAGAUACAAAGUCAACUGAUAGAUCAGUGAAGUUUGUUAAUGCUGAUGGAGUCUCAUUGACUGUUUCAUGUAAAGACAGUUUCAGUACUUUGACUGGGUUCGUACAACAAGGCGAUAAGAAGGAAUCAAUCGACAAUUUAUUCACUUUCAAGUCACUUGAUGGAUACCGAUGUGGCUUAAAAUUACCUUUAGUAUUACAAACCAAUAGCAUCAAGUUUGAUUUCGAUGCAAAGCCACUUGACUUUAGUUUCAGCUCAACUUCAGGUUCAUCCAUCAACAAACCAAAUAUCAAAUUCCAUUCCGACAAAAAUGGUGCUCCCAGCGAUCUUUCGACAAUUGAUUGGGAAACAUUCGAUCCAGAAGAUAAAUAAUCUUACUGUGUGAUAAAUACAUCAAUUAUAAUAAUUAAUUCAAUAAAUUUGCGUAAUCAAA